AUGGACAGGUUGCACUCCUCCAUGCGUAAAAGGCUCUACAGUUUGCCACAGCAUAUUGGACAGAAAACAUCUAUAAUGGGUGAAGGAGAAGACGCAGACAAGGACACCCGGAGGAAGAGUAUAAGGAUGAAGCCUCUGCCGUCACCGACCUCUGGAGGAAGCUGCAAAGGCAUCGGUGAAACUAAAAGUGGGGAGUCUGUGAUCAUGGAGACGGACAUCGGGAGACCUAUGAAGACUAGCUCAAAUGGAGAUUGCCGGAGAUUUCGAGGCAGCCUCUCGUCUAUUACCAGUCGGCAUGUACACGACUCUGACUCGGCCGAGGAGAGACGCCUCAUCACCGAGGGGGAUGUCACCCCGAGCGAAGAGAGCCCCCCUGGAGCCAUCAGUGAUGAGCAGCCGGAUCAAGGUGCGCAGGGUGCCAGCGGUGGCGCCCAAAACGAUUCUCCAGAGAGGCAGUCAGGGUUUAUAAAGUUAGAUGGCAUUGAUCAAAUUCUGCCGGACGACGAAAGAUUAUAUCAGGCUGGUUUCAUACACAGACAGUUGGGAGCAAUGCUUCAACCGGGGGUCAACAAGUUCUCCCUGAGGAUGUUUGGGAGUGAGAAGGCGGUUGAACGGGAACAAGAGCGAGUAAAAUCCGCCGGGUUUUGGAUAAUUCACCCCUACAGUGAUUUCAGGUUUUACUGGGAUUUGACCAUGCUGCUUCUGAUGGUUGGCAACCUCAUCAUCAUUCCCGUGGGCAUCACGUUCUUCAAAGAUGAGCACACGCCUCCUUGGAUCGUCUUCAAUGUGGUUUCUGACACAUUCUUCCUCAUGGACCUGGUCCUCAACUUCAGGACAGGUAUUGUCAAGGAGGACAACACGGAGAUCAUCCUCGAUCCACAGCAGAUAAAGAUUAAGUACUUGAGGAGCUGGUUUGUGGUGGACUUCAUAUCCUCCAUCCCUGUGGACUACAUCUUCCUCAUCGUGGAGACACGUAUUGACUCAGAUUUCUACAAGACAGCACGAGCUUUGCGAAUUGUCCGCUUCACAAAGAUCCUCAGCUUGCUGCGACUGCUGCGCCUUUCUAGACUAAUUCGCUAUAUCCACCAGUGGGAAGAGAUCUUCCACAUGACCUAUGACCUGGCCAGCGCUAUGGUGCGGAUAGUCAAUCUGAUUGGCAUGAUGCUGUUGCUGUGUCACUGGGAUGGCUGCCUGCAGUUUUUGGUGCCCAUGCUACAGGACUUCCCCGCUGACUGCUGGGUGUCCAAAAAUAAGAUGGUGAAUGACACAUGGGGACAGCAGUACUCCUACGCACUUUUCAAAGCUAUGAGCCACAUGCUGUGUAUUGGGUAUGGUAUGUACCCCCCGGUGGGAAUGACAGACGUAUGGCUGACCAUCCUUAGCAUGAUUGUGGGCGCCACUUGCUAUGCCAUGUUUGUGGGCCAUGCCACCGCGCUAAUCCAGUCUCUGGACUCAUCUCGACGGCAGUACCAGGAGAAGUACAAGCAGGUGGAGCAGUACAUGUCCUUCCACAAGCUGCCUGCAGAUAUGAGGCAGAGAAUCCACGACUACUAUGAGCAUCGUUAUCAGGGCAAGAUGUUCGAUGAGGAGAGUAUCCUGGGAGAGCUGAACGAGCCACUCCGAGAGGAAAUCAUCAACUUUAACUGUCGAAAGCUGGUGGCUUCGAUGCCUCUGUUUGCAAAUGCUGACCCAAACUUUGUCACUUCUAUGCUCACCAAGUUGAAGUUUGAAGUGUUCCAACCCGGGGAUUACAUCAUAAGGGAGGGCACAAUUGGCAAGAAAAUGUUCUUCAUACAACAUGGGGUUGUCAGCGUACUAACCAAAGGCAAUAAAGAGACCAAGCUUUCAGAUGGCUCCUACUUUGGGGAGAUUUGUUUGCUGACACGUGGCAGAAGGACAGCCAGUGUCCGAGCCGACACAUACUGCCGUCUGUACUCACUGUCUGUUGACAACUUCAACGAGGUGCUGGAGGAGUAUCCUAUGAUGAGAAGGGCCUUUGAAACUGUUGCCCUGGACAGGCUGGACCGUAUUGGCAAGAAAAACUCAAUCCUUCAGCACAAGGUACAACACGACCUCAGCUCUGGUGUGCUCAACUACCAAGAGAAUGAGAUCAUUCAGCAGAUUGUGCAGCACGACAGAGACAUGGCUCACUGCGCUCACCUCAUGCAGAAUGCCCCACCCCAGACGCCACCCUCACCUACUCCUGUCAUCUGGGCCCCCUUAAUUCAGGCUCCUCUUCAAGCAGCAGCUGCCACAACUUCAGUUGCCAUUGCCCUGACACACCAUCCCCACUUACCGCCAACACUCUUCAGACCUCCAGUUUCUGUUCUGGGUUCUCUUAAGGACCCACCCAGCCGACUAAGGAAGUUCCACUCAUUUGUUCCGUCCUCCACAACACCUGGUUCUGCCGGGGACUCUCCCUCAAGCACACCCUCUAAACUCCGCACUGGGAUAGACAUGCCAUUGCUGGCCUCUUUUCGGGCCCAGCACAUGACAUCGGGCUCUGGGACUGCUGGCUCUUCCCAACAUGCCUCAGGUAACAGAGGCCAACAUGGACCUACUGGGACUGGGUCUGGGUCCACUGAAGGUGGGACGUGUGUCUUCCCCUUUGGUCCUUAUCAUUCAUCUGCCUCACCCUCAUCCAGUACAGCCCAGUUACACCCACAGCCACAACAUCAGCAGCCCUUUCGAUCCAGCACCCCACCGCUUUCAAACAUCUUCCACCAAGGAUCUAUAGGUGGAAGCACUGGAUCAGGACUAAGUGGAGGGGUAGCUGGAGCCAGUGGUGGUGCUACAGGGUGGUCAUCAGGUGGAGCAGUUGGAGGUACUUCCAGGGGAUCAAUUGGAAGAGCUUCUCGGGGAUCAGAAGGUGGGACCUCUGGGGAACCAGUGGUGGUAACAACUGCUGGAGGAUCACUAGGGAGGACCAGUGAUGGACCAUUGAGAGUAGUUUCUGUUGGGGCUCCUGGGGGAACAUUUGGAGGAGUUUUAGGAGAUUCUGCUGUAGGGAGUUCUGGAGGAUCAUUGGGAAGGGUUUCUGGUGGAUUAGCAACUAGCCAUAUAGGAAGAGCCUCGAGUGAGCCAGGAGGAGGAAUUAUUGGAGGACGUAUUAGCAAAAGUGUGGGAGGUGCAUUUGGAAGCCAAAUAGCAGGAUCUACAGCUUGUCUUGGUGGUGCUUCUGAAGGAAUUACAGCUGGAUUCAUUAGUUCCUCACGUUGUCAGAGUCCAUUAUCUACUGGUUCUUCCAGCCCUAUGCCUAGUCAGACUGCUCAUAGUCAAUCACCACCCAAGCCUCCUCAAUUGGCUCCUCUGCAGCAGUUUACUGGAGGAGGCAGGACUACCAGUGGCAUAAACCUCUUCCAGUCCCCUCCACAAGGUUCCCCAUCCUGUAGUAGAGGACAGCACAGUCAACAGCCUGCUGAGGGUUCCCCAUCUUCCCUUGGCCAUUUCAGCCUGGCAGGACUCCAGUCUGGCAGCUUACCUCACCAGCUCUCACUGGAAAGGUCUGCAUUGGCUUCCUUGGCUCAGUAUGGUUCAGCAAAUGCCUCCCCCUGCCUUACCCCUGUUGCACCCAGUCCCACUGUUCAAAGUCCAGUGACUGGCAGGACUUUUCACUACAGCGACCCUUCAAGUGCCACAGGAUCCCACAGUUCCUUGCUCAUGCCUCAGUCUCCUCUUCUUUCUCAGCUUCCCAGCCAGCCACACACAACAGGAAGAGAUUCUCCCCUGGGACGCUUUUCAGAGGACCUAAAGCUUUUAUCUAGCUCACACCCAUCUCUGCCCCAGGAAGUUGCCCAGGCCUUAGGCCACCAAACUCCUCAUUCCUCUGUGGAAUAUUACCCCUCACCAUUUUCCUCACCAACUCUUGUGCCCAAGCCCUGUAGCUCAAUACCAGGGCACAUGACUCCUCCAGUGCAGAUGUCUCCGGGGCACCUUCAUCAGACUCAAUCCCCGGGGGCCUCACCAGCCUUUUCUUCACAGAGGGGCUCUGCUGCCCACUCAUCAGAUGUAGAACCUCAAACUGUACGUUCAAAACUUCCUUCCAAUUUGUGAGGACGGAUCACACCCUCCUGAGCUAUCCUGAAAUGAAACACACAAACUAACUCCAUAUGUGUUAUUCUUUUCCGUCCUCAGACUUCACUGUGUGGCACCUCUCAUUUUACCAAGAUUUUAAAUUUACUGUGAUUAGGGGGGAAAAAGCAUAUAACCAGAUAACUCAGAGCUCUAGAAUAUACCUUGUUUAUGCUUUUUCUUUUUUUUUUAUUCAUACAUAUUGUAUAUAGAUGGAGAUAUAUUUAAAUAAGUUAAUCAAGGGACUAGGAGGGUGUGAGAGGGAUUUCUUUGACUAUGCCAAAUUCAUCUCGUGACUUUUGGGAAGUUAAUCAAUGGACAGAAUAAAACACUUUUUCUGCAGGAACCUAUGCACUAAUACCUGCAUGUAUAAAGUUUUUUUUUUUUCUUUUGUGUGUGUGUUUAAGAAUAAUUAUUUACAUUUUUAGCUUCAACAACAUGCUUCAACAAAGGAUAACUCUUUUACCACCCCACCAUGGGUCACAUAUUGUUGAUCCUUAAAAUGUAUCUAUUAGAUUGUACUUAUCUAUUCUCUGUAUAAACUUUUGAAAACCUUGAGAGAUGGAGAUGAGAUUUUAGGAAACCAAAAAUACUUUUUCCUGUUUAAUAGCAAUUCACCUCUCUGUGGCCCAUUGAUCCUUAUUUUAUAAAACUUUAUUGUAUUGAUACUGUUUUUUGAAGCAAGGGAAGAGGGGUUUGGCGAGCUACCUUCCUUCUCAGUAUUUAGAAUAACAGUAUUUGAUGGACUGGCUUUCUGUGGGGUCCUUAACCAUAUCCUAACAAGCUCACUUUGUCUUCCAAGCUCAUGCCGCUAAUGAUGAUGUAUGUAGUAUGUUUUGUUUUUCUUCCUGACUGUGUGCAACUGUUAAUGUGUGAGUGUUCCAAUAAGGAUGAAUAAGUGGAAAAGUUGGAUGUAAUGCAAAUGUUGUCGCCAGACUUGUCAGUAGUAAGUUUGCCUUUUUACACAAAACCGAGGACUUCCAUAAACCACAGUUUGUUGUGAUGCAUUAUGUAGUGCUCAGACCGUUCAAAG